CCACCCUCCCUUGUAAGGUCAGCUCAGAUCUGCAGUCAUGCAAGUCUUAUCUGGUUUUGUUUUACUCCUGCUGGUUGCCCUCGUGGUUGGAGAAACCCGUCCAAACAUCCUUUUCAUUUUAGCAGAUGACCUUGGCUAUGGAGAUGUUGGUGUAUAUCCAAACCCAAACGACCCACAGAAAAGAUUAAUCACACCAAACCUCAACAGUCUAGCUGGGGAGUCCAUGAGAUUCACUGAUGCUUAUGCAGGAGCUCCAGUUUGUGCUCCUUCAAGAUGUACACUAAUGACUGGUCGUCACACUGGUCACUGUACUGUAAGAGCUAAUGGUGGGACGCUGAAUUCUACUGAUGUUACUGUAGCCCAAAUACUCCAAAAGGCAGGAUACUACACUGCAUUAGUUGGGAAAUGGGGACUAGGAUCUACUGAUACAGUUGGAUCACCAAACAACAAAGGAUUUCAUCAUUUCUACGGCUACACCAGCCAAGAGAAUGCUCAUAAUUACUAUCCACCUUUCCUCUGGAGGAAUGAUAAACAAGUGAUGUUUCCCGAGAACCAGAAUGCAUCAGAUGCCAAGUGUGGCUCACCUCGCACUGAACAUUGUACAUGGGCUGAAGAUGCUUUUAUUAAUGAGACGCUUAACCUCUUGAGUGACAUGGCUAAUCAGACAAAACCAUUCUACCUGUUUCUCUCAUUCACAACACCUCAUGCUGGAGCUGUUGGAUCUGAUGCAGAAACUGGAGUUCCUGGUCCAAGCAUAUUACCAGCUUACCAGUCUCUCAAUUGGCCAGAAGUUGAGAAAUACUUUGCUUCGGUAGUUGAAAUGCAAGAUAAGCAUGUGGGUGAGGUCUUGCAAGCACUUGACAGCUUAAAACUUAAAGAGAAUACAGUUGUAUUCUUUGCCAGUGACAAUGGUGCUCACAAUGAAGGUGGCCACAGCUACAAGUUUUUUGAAAGCUCAGGACCAUUGAGAGGUUAUAAAAGAAGCCUACAUGAAGGUGGAGUUCGCUCUCCAUUAAUAAUUAGAUGGCCUGGAGUUACUGAGCCCAAUAAAAUUUCUAAUCAACAGUGGGGAUUCUGGGAUUUCCUACAAACUGCAGCAGAUAUUGCUAAUGUUGAUCCAUCACUUCUACCAACUAACCUUGAUGGAUACUCUCUAGUACCAACACUGCAAGGAAAGCAACAAGACCAACCAAAAUACAACUAUCAUGAGUAUUGUCAUCCUAAUGAAGAUCAUAAAGGAUAUGGACAAGCUGUACGCUUCGACAACUGGAAGGCAGUGAGGUAUGAUGAGAAGGAAGCUGUAGAGUUGUAUGACCUCAGUAAUGACCUAGGAGAAGAGACUGAUGUAUCCUCUAAAUAUCCUAGCAUUGUUAAGAAGGCAGUUAGUUACAUUGAAGAGGCACACAUUCACGGUGAUGAUUGUAUUAUUGGUGAAGGUCCAGACACUUUCCCAAUGAUGUCACUCAUUGAAGCAAAAUCCACCAACAAAUACCUUUAGCUACACAUGCACAUUAUUAAACAGAUAACUACUAUGCUACCUGCUACCUGCUACCUGUUGCAAGCUAAUUGAGCUGAAAUGCUAUUUUAACUAAAUUCAAACAAAUAAGAACAGUACAAAAGCUA